AUGCCUUACGAAACGGCGUACAUUGGCAUUGCGACAACUCCGAGCGGUGAUUUCGAUCAUUUCGUGCAGCAGUUAAAGACGUCACAUUUAGCGGGCGGAUACUGGAAAUUUCAGUCUACCGACGAUGACCGGCGCGCCUAUGCUCGCGGCUUUACUACACCGGAGGAUGUGCUUUGCGCUGCCGAAUCCACGAGCGAAGGCUUCGACGAGAUCUUCAUUCGAUGGAUAAAGGGAGCCAAUGAUCCCAAUAUCAGCAUGGCUUUAUCAGGCAAUUCAUCACAGCAUCUUCAGACCAUCUAUGAACUACGCUUGCUGCUUGGUCUACCGGUAUCAUCGCGAGGACAGAUUCCGCUGUACCCUAUCAGUACUGAGCCAAGAUUGAGACAGUACUGGGAAGGCAAGUAUAGAGCGCAGCGACCAAAUAUCAUCGAUGCAGGAAGCCAGCUACCAGAUCAACCUAUUGCCUCGCCUGUAACACCACGCACAGAAACCUUGGUUUCGGCACAACCCCAACAUCCGGUACAAGCUACACCAAAGCCUCCUGUAGGUCGAAUCAUGAGAGCUCAAAGUAAGGAGAUGUCACAAGUAGCACGAGCGACGCCUGCGUCCAAAACUACGUCUCUACAAAACCCAUUCAAUGCUACUACGGAGCAUCUGAUACGGUCUCCCGCAGCGCGCGCGUUGCCCCGUGAAGUUGCAGUUUCGAGCCUUCCCAGCUCUACAGUGAGCCGCCACCAAGUCACUCCUCGGGAUGACUCUUCACUGGCAUCUACGUCCAUAUCACCCGCUCCAUCUGCCGGUAGGUACGUGCCAUCGAUACCUCGCGCUGCAUUGGAGUGGGGUUUACAGCCGUCCACGUCACCAACUUCGUCGACUCUAGAUCAAGGUAUUACACAGCAUAACUGGGUGCAUCCAUCUUCUCGUAAUCCGAAGGCUAUCGCUACUUCGAAUACACUAUACCGAUCUCCAUAUGCUGUGAGCGGGACCCAACCAGGGCACACGAUUCCAGUCGUGGCAGCUCUAAAAUUGCCGCUGGAAAUCAACAAGAACGCUGCAUUGCCAUGUAACGCGGCGACCACGUCUGUCACUACUGCCAAUACUGUCGAUACUGCUCCUGCUAAAAGCUUCUCUAGUCCGGUAGCUGUUACGGCCGAGCCUCCUGCUACUGCCGAAAGUGCUUGCGACAGUCAAGUACUAACAAGCCCUGACACUUCUCACCAUGUCUUCCCAACGAUACUCUCCAGAAGAUUGCAUGCCCCUUUCUUGGAUAGCAUGGGAAGCCCGAUUCCGCCUCAAUCAGGUUCGCCACCCUCUCGCACUGGAGUCGCACAGCUUGGGGAAUCAUUCACACUAGAAGAUACUCUCAUGGAACCGCCUGACAGACCAGCUUCUGUUGAUAACGAACAUAGGCAAUUGCCUGAAAACAAGCCCAGCCCUCAGCAAGAACUUGGCCAGCUCAACAUAGGCUCUCCAGACGUAUGUGGCGCAGAAGAAGUAUCGAGAGCGCAAGCGACCGAGGCAGUUUCGGAGUCAUUGCGCACUUAUAUGGAAGAUUUGAACAAUCUUCCAUGUGUGGACUGUGGAGAAUACGAUGGUCAUACGUGGGACUGUCAUCUUGGUAACAUUCAACCGAUGCAGAACCUUACCAUGCUCGAUUACCGUAUCUUGGCCGAAGCUGUGAAUAAAUUCGAUCCCGGCCCAUGGACAACGCAUUUUGAAACCCAUCCCCAGCCCGAGGUAGAAGACGUAGAAACACAGAUACGAGGAAUAGCGGAGGUCAUCCGGAACGAAGAUAGCUACAAGAUGGACAAGGAACUUCACAACUUGUCGGACGAGUUCAUGAUCAUGCUGUGGGGAUUCAAGACUUCAGAUAAAGUUCGUGUUAUCGAUCAGUACGACUGA